UCCCACGCGUGCGACGCCCCGUUCGGUAGCUCACGCAGAACUUGCAGCCCUCGAUCGACCGGCUGCCCAGCCGCUCGCGCCGCCGGCCAGCUCUAGCUAGGUGAGCCACGCAAAGCUCGCCGCGCGCGCAUGGCGCCCUCCUCCUCCUCCCCGCUCCACACCGCACGCAUAAAUACCACCACAGAGGCGCAGACCAUCCACCCACAGCGCAUCACCGAGCACACACACAGAGCACCACCCAACAGGCAGAGCAAGAUCGAAGCCGGUAGCGCUCGACCGACCAGCUGACAAUGGCGCCGAGCACCGUCCUCCCGCGCGCGCUCCUGGCCGCGUGCGUCGUCGUCCUCCUCCUCCUGGCGUCCACGGCGCCGGCGGCGGAGGCGCAGGGGGAGUGCGUGCCGCAGCUGAACCGCCUGCUGGCGUGCCGCGCCUACCUCGUCCCCGGCGCGGCGGACCCCAGCCCGGAGUGCUGCAGCGCGCUCGGCUCCAUCUCCCGCGACUGCGCCUGCAGCACCAUGGGCAUCAUCAACAGCCUCCCCUCCCGCUGCAACAUAGGGCAGGUCAACUGCGCGGCUUGAGGAGCGUGACAAGGAUGCGAGCUCGGGAGGAGCUAAAUAAUGGAAGGCGGUGACUCUGCGGCGGCAGCCGUCGUUGCGCCCCUUCACCGUCGACUUCGUUUUCGUUUCUUCAGUCUCUAGUGUCCUGCUCUUGAUGUUG